AUGGCACGCAUGGUCACAUCCCCAUGUCGAGGAGACUCCUUUACGGCCAUAAAGCCACAGGACGCCACUAGCCAGAAAACGACCCCUCACACGAGCCCAAGCAACAGCCAGGGCAAACACAAACCCAUCACGUCUCCGGGACAAUCGACCGAUGUAGCAACCGAAGACUUCGAGAUUAUCUCCGCACUGAAGCUCAUCGCAGUCUCAGUGGACCAGCAGCGCCACAUCGCAGCCAUAUCCCUCAUCCUCCACCCGACAACAAUGACAUUAGUAGCCGUGAGUUUCGCUUACAGCGUCGGUGCCGUGUACCAUGACCCAUCCGGCUGGCCAUAUAUCGCUAUAAUAUGUGCCACUGCUAUAUUGGCUACUCUGGGCGUUGCUAUACGCUUGUCUUGGAGAUACCACGACAAGGCCGAGAAAGUCGGAACGCUGAACUGGCUGUACGGUCACGACCCUAGCAAGAAUGUCGACCCAACUACAACAGAGGAAGAUCCCGCCUUCAACUCGGAUAAUGGGGUUACAUUUGUGCUUAUCCAUCGAUUUGGUAGGCGUAUUGUCGGGGCACUUGCUAUGAGCGUCACAUACAGCGGCAUCCAACCCCAUUCAGAACCCAGUAGUACGACCCUUCCAACGGGUGAAAAUUACAAUGCCUUCAUACGUGCCUGGACAGUGCAAAAGGGCUUCCGUGGCUACGGUGUUGGUGCUGCGCUCCUCAACGAAGCUAUCAUGAUCUGCUACGAGCAUAAGUGGAAGCGAUUGCGGUUCGCAACUUGCCAUGCCAACUCGCUUCGCGUCUUUUUACCCAUCUUCCAUAGCGACAUGGAUCAGGAAUCCGCAAUGUGGAGCUCGUAUCUGCGCAAGCGGACUGAGGCUCAUCGUCAAUCCCGUGCUGCUUUUGAGGCUCGAAUACUCCAUGCCUCUCUGGAUUUGAGUGAUAGUCAGGGCGCAAUGAUUGAUACUCAGAUGCGUUUGAUUUGUACUGAGGUAAAGGUAGAGGAGCUGAUCCGAACAUACUUCAACGUGCGUCUUGAAAAGGCAUUUGAGGCUCAGGCUCGGUGGAAGAAAAUGUCGUAG